AAGGCCCCCGGUAUCCUGCCCCGCAAGUCUGUCAACCAGCCCGUGCAGACCGGUCUCAAGUCCGUCGACGCCAUGGUUCCCAUCGGCCGUGGUCAGCGUGAGUUGAUCAUCGGUGACCGUCAGACUGGAAAGACUGCCGUCGCUCUCGACACCAUCCUCAACCAGAAGCGAUGGAACGACUCCAACGAUGAGACCAAGAAGCUGUACUGUGUCUACGUCGCCAUUGGCCAGAAGCGAUCCACCGUCGCUCAGCUCGUCAAGACUCUCGAGGAGAAUGACGCGAUGCGAUAUAGUUGCGUAAUAAGUGCCACGGCCUCUGAGGCUGCUCCUCUCCAAUACAUUGCGCCCUUUACAGGUAUGUUCUUGUCUUGGUUUCCUUCCUGCUUCCUUGCCAUGAGUUCCUUCCUGCUUCAUCCCCUCAUGCCAUGA